AUGGCCGAUACAUUUUUAUUGACUGAGGCUUAGAUAACUCAAAAGAAACCUGUAUAACUAAGUCCUCCAAAGAUAGAAACUGAAGCAGAGAAGAAAGAGAGGCAUUGGUUAUAGAUAUUGAAUAAAAUUCUAUUCAAUCCUCCAAAUGAUGACUAUUAUCAAAAAUGGCCAAUCAAACCAGGAAUAUUUUUCUACAAAGCCUUGGCUAUGGGAAAAUUGCCAACCGAAUAAAUAAGAGUUAACAUACCUGAAAGUGUAAUGUGUUUUGAAUAAACAUAUAUUUUGAUGUACACAGAUCCAGCAACAGGGCAAUUGAUGAGAAAAACCGAUAUUGGAUAUUAGGAUUUCGAGAAUAAAGUGCAUCAUUAUCAUGAAGAAUAUUUGAAACGUCAUGUCUAAGAUGAUAGAUUUGAUAUGAGAACCAAUGUAUUUGUGAAUUAGGAUAACCCAUAUAUAAUAAGUAGAGGUCAAACAGGAUAGGAUUGGAAUAUGUCUAAAGCUGUAUAUACAUUUCGGUAAUAAAAAGAGAGAAAAGUUUAAUUAGAUAACAACAAACUAGAAUAGCGAUUUGUAAUAUCAAGAGUAAUGAAAGCAACUAUUGUUCGACUUGUGUUCUAUACAAAGAAUUCAAAAUCCUCCCAUGCUAAUUAUGGUUAUCGAAUUAUGAAUGUAAUGGAAUUAUACGAUCCAAAUCCAAAAAAAUCAAUAACAAACAAAACUACUAUUAAUACAGAACAAUAAAACUCCUUCACUAUCCAAUAAAUUAAGGGAGUGGGAUUAUAUGAAUACGAGAAGGUUUGCGAAUAGAUAGUAACCUAUUUGGAGAAGAAUUACCCUGUAAGAAUAAAGACGGGUGUUUUUGACUUUCUCUAAGAUCCAGAGGGAAGGAUCUGGUUAUUCAAUUGUAAAUAAUUAAUAAUGGAAAAUGCUAUUUCAAUGAGUGAAAUUUAAGGAGUAGGUUAAGGAAAGAAGACACUCGAUUAAUUGACUUGUUCAGUGUAUUGUAAAUUGUGUGGUAUCAUAUUUAAGAAGGAUGAUGCUAGCAAAACACUUACUUAUAAGUUAUUAUGGGAAUUAGUUUAACAUUUAAAAAAAAGAAAUAAAUAGUUAACAAAUAUUAAAGUAUCUCAUUUAUCUACCAGACCUUGUAGAGUAUGUGAUGUUUGUUACAUGCUUAUUGUUGGAGAGCAUGAAUUAGUUGAAAUUGAAUAGAAAUUUGCCAUUGCUUAAAACAUUCCAUUGGGAGAUGCUAUCAUCAGAGUUCCUAUGGAUAGUAAACCAAAGCAUAGACCAGCUCUCUUGAAUGAAUAAUUAUAUCAAUGGAGGUUACUGUUUUAUUUGGAGAUGGUUGAUUUGUAAGGUAAGAAAUUGAUAGAUUUGAAUGGUAAUUCUGUUGGAGACCUUAAGAAUAUAGUGCUAUAAUAUCGUUUACAUCAAUCAAAAUCAUCAUUUAAAACACAUAUCAUUAAAGAUGAUAAUUACUAAACUUUGAAAUCAAAUAAACAACAAACCUCACAAUCUUAAUAAAAAUAACUUAGAUUCAGUGGAAUUGAAAGGUCUGAUUCUAUUGAUGCUCCAGAUGGAUAAGGGGAAGAUUAAUUUGCUUAAAUUAAUGAUGAAAAUUUAAAAUUGAAUGUCAUCAGAGUCCAUUACUAUUUUAGUGAAACUACAGACAUAGAGAAGUUUUUGUCAGAAACAGAAAUUAAAAUGAGAUUAUGUUAAGGUUCUGAGUGGAUUAAUUAUGUGGCAGAAGGAUCUACUAAGACUAUACACCACUUUAAAAACUCAUAGAUGGGAGGUCAGAGACAUAGAGCUUAAGUUUUGUUGUUUUUUGCUAAUGGUCAUUAUUGCAUAUUGAAUCUACAAGUUGGAUUGUUUUGUGACGGGUAGUAUAAUACUGGCAAAUUGAAUCUGUAUAAAUACAAUAAUGUGUACUUUCCAGAUGACAAUUAUUACAAUUGUAAUCCCUUCCCACCUGAAUGGAUGGAGAUAUUUGAUCCUCAAUAUGUGAAUAUGCAUAAUACUUUUGAAGAGUAAGUAAAAGAAAUAGAGGCUUACUCUCCCAAGUGUACAAAACAUGAAUUGAAUCAAAUGAUAGAUUUCAACAAAUAUAAGGAAACUACAAAGUAUAAGACAGUAAAACCUAAAAUUGAUGCCAAAAAAAGAGAUAUUCAAUCAGCAGCUCCUCAAUAUGGUUCGAAUACUCAAUAGGUAUUACCCAAAUUGCCGUAGUCGGCCAAGAAAUACUCGAAUACAAUGAGAUAAUUCGAUGAACAACAAUUAUUGGAGCAUUACACUUUGGAGGAGUAGGACAUAGGGGAGUUGUUAUUCGAAGAGAAGAAAUAGAACAAGAAGAUUAGCAAGGAAGAUAGAGAGUUCUAUGAAUAACACAACUUAUAUGAUGAAGAAGCAGAGGAUAGUUAAGAAGAUCAGGAAUUAAAUUUGAGAUUGAAUAAGCAAAUUCAAAAGUCAAUGAAACAGUUGGAUAAUUAAUCGCAACAAUCUAAUUCUGUGAGACCAAUAAGAUCAGCAUAAUAGUUACCACCGAAAGGACACAGAUGA